AUGGAGCCACCAUCCCGUGCGGCACGGACUUCUCAUGGAUGCUGGACUUGUCGACUACGGCGGAAGAAAUGCGACGAACAACGCCCUGUAUGUGGCAUUUGUGAGGCCCUCUGCAUCACCUGCCACUAUGACGACAAGAAGCCCGAGUGGAUGGAUGGCGGCACAAGGCAGGAGGAAAUGAUAGAGAAGCUGAAACGAGAAGUGAAGCAGAAUGCUCCCUACCGCCGAGUUGAGCGUCCGCACGUCUCCAGUGAAAAGGUGUUGAAUACCGACCUUGGCGAAUGGCCAGCAGGACCCCAAAAGAUGAUGCCAGAACCGACGCAAAACGAGACAUGCAGAAGCACAGAGUCGCAUGUAUCACUAUUACAAGGGACGGGCUGUGUUCAUAUAGACAGAAGCAGCUUGGUGGGCCGAUCCGACUCAAUCCUUACGACAUUCUACCUCCAGAGUGUGCUCCCCUUCCUGUUCCCAUUCUAUCGUCCUUCAAUCGCACGAGGCGGGACAGCAUGGAUCUUGGAACUGAUGAUCCGCAGCCCGGUGGUCAGGCAAGCUACAUUAUGUCAGGGUUGUUUCUUCUUCUGCCUCGCGCAGGGGACCGACAGCCGCGAGGUCAUAUGCGAUACUGUAUUCUCGCAAGUCAGAGAGGCCUUUCAGAGUCUGGAAAGAGCAAUUCAAGCCAUGAACGGGUCGGAUAUCAUCGAAAACCCCCACGGCGCGGUACAGAUCAUGGCCAGUAUCGUGCAGAUGCUUCACUUCGAGGUCGCAGCCUUGACAUUUGAGAACUGUGCCGCACACCUCAAUGCUGCUCUGGCGCUUUUCGGUCAACUCUUCGACAAAUCAUGUACUGCUGAGCCAGUUGGGCUCCGAGCGCAGUUCAAUACGUUCAUGGGCCGCCUGGGGCCAUUGUCAUUCAUCCCCCCGGCCGAGCACAUUCUCAUUCCGAGCGGUGAGCAGGAUGCGUUUUAUUUUUCGACUGCUCUUCUAUUAUUCGAUGACAUUAUUGCCAGCACCACUUUGCAAAAACGACCUCGGUUAUACCAAUAUCACCAGAGUCUACUCGAAAGCACCGAAGGACGAGAACCUGUAAUCAACUUGGAAGAAGUUAUCGGAUGCCAAAACAUGACAAUUGUACAGAUUGGUGAGAUAGCAGUCCUCGACGAAUGGAAAAAGCAAUGUCAGAACACCGGAAAUCUCAAUGUGAUUGAGCUGGCCAGACGCGCGACACGGAUUAAAAAUGUCCUAGAAGGACACAUCAUGCGCCUUGAACACGAGCCUACUGAGGGACGUAAAAACGGCGGAAAUUUACUAGAUCUUCUCGCACCGAAUGACGGCGCAUCGAGCUCACGCCGUUUGGUUACGCUUGUCUGGACUCGAGCUACUCUCCUUUACCUGCAUGUCGUUGUGUCCGGAUGGCAGCCGGCGAGCGAUGAGGUCCGAUAUCAUGUUGGCCAAAUGAUUGACUUGUUGGCGAAUGAACUAUCCCCAAGUACAUUGAUACGCUCGAUGGUAUGGCCGUUCUGCAUUGCAGGCUGUCUUGCUCAGCCGGCCCAGCGAGUUGAAAUACGUCGAAUGGUGGAGGCUUUGCAGCCCUCAAUAGUGUUUAGCACUAUACGGAAAGCACUGCAGAUCAUGGAAAAUGUGUGGCAUAGAAACGAAGAAGAUGCGUGUCAAGACUUUGCUGCAUGCUUCAGAGCUCAUGGUGAUAUGGUAUUGCUAGUCUGA